AUGCAAGAAGAUUGGAAACCAAAGUUAAAAAUGAUUUUUGAUAGCAUUGAAGAUGCUUGGAAGUUUUGGGUUGAUUAUGGUGGAAAAGUUGGAUUUGGGGUGAGGAAACAAUAUUAUAACAAGAACAAAAAUGGUAUAAUUACUUCUUACAGGUUUGUUUGUUGUAAAGAAGGUUUAGGGAAUCCAGAUAAACGAGAUUAUAAAACAAUCAAUCCAAGGCCAGAGACCAGAACAAAUUGUCAAGCAAGAUUAGGACUUAAGAAUAUGGAUGGUAAAUUUAUGGUUAUUGAUUUUGUGGAGGAACAUAAUCAAAAUUUACAUUUGCAAGAAACAACUCAUAUGUUGCCAUCUCAAAGAAAAGUCUCUCAAAUUCAAUGUCACCAAAUUGAUCUAGCCGAUGAUGCGGGAUUACAACAAAGGAAGUCAUUUGAUUUGAUGAGUAAAGAAGUGGGAGGUAGAACUAAUUUGGGAUUUAUUCAUCUUGACCAAAAGAAUUAUCUUCGGGAAAAAAGGGAAAGGAGUAUGGUACAUGGAGAAGCUGGUUAUCUAUUGGAAUACUUCCGAAGAAAGUCUAUGGAAAAUCCAAGUUUCUAUCAUGCAUAUCAAAUGGACGCUGAAGAACAAAUCACCAAUGUAUUUUGGGCAAAUGCAAUGAUGCUAAUUGAUUACGACUAUUUUGGUGAUGUGAUUUCUCCUGAUUCAACCUAUUGCACAAAUAGUUCACAUAGACCACUAACAUUAUUCUCAGGGUUUAACCAUCAUCGAAAAUCUGUUAUUUUUUGGGCUUCUUUAUUAUAUGACGAAACAGUUGAGUCAUACAAAUGGAUCUUUGAGACCUUUUUAGAGGCUCAUAAGCAGAAAAUGCCACAAACAAUUUUUACUGAUCAAGAUCACGCAAUGGCAAGAGCAUUGGUUGAGAUUAUGCCUAGAGCUUAUCAUGGCUUAUGUACAUGA